AUGGCCAUCGUGGCACGUAAAGACGCGGUUGCGGGAAACGUUGUGGAUGAGAUAUUUGCCGUCGUGAAAGGCCUUCGAUCGACCGAGAUGGCCGCAGACUCGUACACGGCCGCAGACGAGCGCGCCCGCGCCGCUCAGAAGGCGGGCCUCAAGGCGAAGAAGGACGAGCAGCCGGUGAACACGGCGCGGAGUUAUACGCUGCGAAGUGUCACGGGCUGGUCUCGGGAAUACAGGUGA